AUGAAGCCCUACAGAUCCCUGGCCAUGGAGAUUUUGCGUCACCAAGACAAGAUCAGCGAACUUCCCCUGUUCAUGGCCCAUUCCGACCUCUGGGCCGGUAACCUCAUUGUCGACCCCGAUACCCACGAGGUCAUGGGCAUCGUUGACUGGGAGGAUUCGUUCCCUCUGCCUUUCGGCAUCGGCCUGCACCGUAUCCAGAUGGUCGCCGGCGAGGACUUCAACUCCAACUGGCAAAUUCCCAACAACUUUGAGGAAAAGAGUUUCAGGAGAAAGCCCCACAUCAUCGACCUUGCUGUCAAGAUGGGCGCUCUGACGGCCGGCUUCGUCUACCAGUAUGACGAUAAAGGACACCUGACCCUCAAGCGUGACCCCAAGACCGGCAGUCCUCUCGUCAACGGCACUUUGCCCUUCUUGUUGAGUUACGAGAUUCCUUUCGGCCGCGGAAGCGAAAAGGGUCCAUACCCCGAGAGAAUUGAGUGGCCUUGA